GUCACUGUGCGGCGGGAACGCAGCAGCCAGCACAGACAUCGCUUCGACAACGCCAGCCUGUAAAAUAAACCUCAUCAUCAAAUCUGGCGCUUAAUUAUAAAAAUAUCCAAGGAAAUGUAAAAAUGGCCGAUUUCUCGGUACCUCCGAUCGCAUUCGCUUUACAGCAAAUACCGAAGCAAUGUCGCAGAAAUGCUGUUCCGCAGGAGCAAAGAAACCGCGUAAGACGGCGUUACCGUCGUCGAUGAAACAAAAACCAAUUCAUCCUCGUAUACGCUUAAGCUUGUUUCCAAACGUUCCGCCUUACAUUCGUUUCAGUAAUACAAGCUCUCCUUCGUUACCUGGGCGAAUGCGAAGCGUUCUGAAAUGGAAGUAUAGCGACGUGAUGCCGAACAUUGUUCGAAACAUCGUGCGUAAUACCGGUUUCCAUAUUAUGGACGAAAGCUCCACAUGGACCGGCGUUUGGGGUAACCAGAUCAAGUCGACGAUUUAUCGUAAACUACUCGAUCACCAGAAAUACAAUCAUUUCCCAGGCACGGUGGAAAUCGGCCGAAAAGACUACCUGUGUCGUAAUGUUCAACGUAUGAUGAGCAAACACGGCGGUAAACAGUUUCAAAUCAUGCCUCAGUCUUUCAUAUUGCCUCGCGAAAGAGAGCAAUUCUUACGUAGUUACAACGAAGGUGAAAAGAAUCAACUGUGGAUCGUGAAACCUCCGGCUAGUUAUCGCGGAGAUGGUAUUAAAAUCGUGCAUAAGAAAUCACAAGUGCCCAGAUGUACUCCUAUCAUCGUUCAAAAAUACAUCGAGAAUCCCUAUUUGAUCAACAGUAUGAAAUUCGAUCUACGAUUGUACGUGCUCGUUACGUCGAUUAAUCCGCUCAGGAUCUACUUGUACGACGACGGAUUGGUUAGAUUCGCUUCGCAGAAAUACUCGACCGAUUUACGAACAGUUGCUAAUCGUUUCGUUCACCUGACCAAUUACUGUAUCAAUGUUCAAAACGUCAAGUUCAAAGUAGAGUCCGAUGUGAAUGCCCCGAAGGGUCACAAAUGGACGUUACGAACACUUUGGCGAUAUUUACGAGAAGAUCGUAACGUGGACGUCGAUCGAGUUAAAAGCCAACUAAACGAUUUAAUAAUAAAAACGUUGAUCUGCGGCGAAAACGGUAUCUCGAAAUGUAUCGCAGAUCAUUUACCAUCCAGGUACAAUGCCUACGAAGUAUUCGGUUUCGACGUCCUAUUAGACGCAAAUCUGCAACCCUGGUUACUCGAGGUGAACAUUUCUCCAUCGUUACGAUCUUCAACUGCGGUCGACGUAGCAGUAAAGCAGCCUUUGAUGAGCGAUAUCCUCAACAUAGUCGGUUUUCACAUCCCUUCGAAUAAAAACAUGAAAUCCCACCACCUGCACACCGAACUAGGUCAACCACCUGUUUCGCGUCUCUAUCACGACAGCAGGCUGUACUCGGUAUCGUUAUCAUUCAACGAGAAAUACAAACAGUACACCUACGCUAACAAAAUAAAACGCGAAGAAUACCUAGAACCGAUUUUGGAAAGCCUGUCGCCAUCCGAUGUACGUAUGCUGGUCGCCUACGAAGAUGAACAAGCGAGAUGCGGAUCGUUCGACAAAAUAUUCCCCACUCGAGAUACGCACAAGUAUUUGAAAUAUUUCGAAAAAAUUCGAUAUUACGAUCAAUUACUGGAUGCUUGGGAGCAUAAAUACGCUAACAACAGGCAACGAGCGAUAGAUAUACUGAGACCGUUAUGCGAAAAAGGAACGCAUCUUAGAACGUUUAGAAAGUUCCCUAAAAUUAGGCCUAGCUCGAAAAUAAAGCUAUAGUGGUAAGUUCGGCCGGAUUACAAGUUUUAUUCGUUAAUACCUACCUACCUACUACUAUAUGGCGUGUUUCGAUGACUGCGUUUUCAGCAUUUCUUGCAUUUUGUAAAGUGUUCUGGUAAGGGAACGUUCCGGCGGUUCUGAAAUAAUCCAACGUUAUUUUUGAAUGAAA